AUGGACCUGAUUGGAUCACACAACGCCAACCUUCAGCUUUCCACAACGCCCACCAAGCCAAUGGGCCACUGGAGACUUCAACCGCGACUCGGCAUCAAGCUUCCAGCAGAUUCCUACGAGCAGGCCAUGCGCCUCGCCUGCGAAGAGGCGCGGCUGCGACAAGAAGCUGCCGAGGCCUAUGCACGGGAAUCUGCGGAGAACCGGAGGUUCGGAGAUGAAGAUGCUGCUGCAGCCGAGCAACAGACGCAAGGUUCGCUUGAAGCAUCCGCUGCGGAAGUCGCGGUGCCCCCCGAGGCGGUGCUGACAGUGAAUGCUGCUUGUACAUAG